AGGUUUAUAAAUUUUGCUGGUAAUGCUCAGCAAUGAGCUGACUAAUAGAACGUCUAGUCGCGUCUUCGAGGCGAUCGAAGUUCAACCAGCUAGCUUUGUAUUCAAAUCUCAAGGAACGUGGUAAAGUAACCACCCUAUGGCAGAGCAUUUUCUGCUUUAGUAGUGGCAGCACGUAGGUUUCGUAGUGGGGAUGCUUCGAAGGCUUAAAAGGCCUUCCAACGUCCUUGUAACACGCAGUCUUGGAAUCAAACAUACUAGUAUUCCGCGUAAGUGGAUCGAAAGUGCGAAGAACAAUCUCAUCUAACUUUGCCGCAAGUUUGGUCUUUCAUCGGAGUGAUCUAGUGUAAAUUGUAAGCCGAGAUUAAUUCGUUAGAAAGACAAAGGGAAUAGUUUGAGGUAAAAGCAUCGAGGUGAAGAAAUUAAAAAUCUAAGCGGAAAAGGAAGUGAUUUUUUUUCUCAAAAAAUCUUUGCUAAAGUUUUGAUUUGUGAUUUGUGAUCAUACAAGUGGUAAUAAUUAAAUAUCAUUUGCGUAACCAUCGAGAAAUUGCGUAACCAUAAGAAGUGAAAUGAGUCUCCAAAUAAUUUUGUCUGUUCUGUUAAUCGUAUCAAUCUUUUUGCCACCGAUGUCCGCUCCUCUCACAACUUUUGGGAAGAGUAAUACACAGAAUCAGAACUCGAAUCCACCGCCACCACCUACACCAACUGGUAAAGCUCGCGAGUGUACGAUGGAAACCGACUGUGCUGGAAUUCAAAAUACAACAUGCAUGUCAGAUCCCCGAGAUGGAAGACGUCGAUGUCUUUGCGCCGAUACCUCAGCACCACUUAAUGGUGCAUGCACUUAUAAAUUCAAAGCACUUCAUGCAUCUUGCAAUUCCGAUUCAGAAUGCAUAGACUAUGCUCACUGUGUGAUGCGUAACAGCACAAUGGGAAGACGCUGUUAUUGCGAAGAAGGAUUUUACGAAGUACCUCCAUCGUUGUAUAUUUGUAACGGUUGCUCGUCCAUCUUUACGUUGAAUACAAUGAUUAUUUUGGCUGCAUCACUUGUGCUUGGAAGAUUUAACUACAUCUAAAAUAUUCAAUCUUUUAAAGAAUUGUCUUGAACUUCUGAGUCUGUAUGAUAACCCUCACAGUAGAAAAACAUUAUAAUUCUUCGAACCAGUGAAAGAGAAGUCACUGAGAAAUACAUACUAUAUCUAUAAAAGUGUCUGUUUAAUUAAAAAAAAAAAA